AUGAGAAGCAAAUGCCACCAAACGGACAAGGGAAAGCCACCUUGCCAAUCAUGCACCGAUGCAGGACUUGGACCAGAAGACUGUGUCUUUCCAGUCCGCGGCCAACCAGAUGAGGACCGCGAAUACCGGCACCCUCGGGUCCGGGCUGAUAAGAAUAGUAAACGAGAGGUUCUCAAGUUUCGAAGGGAUGUCCUGGACCAGCAGCAGCAGCAGCAGCAGCAGAUUCUAGCCAACGGAGCGGUGAUGAGCCCUGGAGGAAAGCUCAUUGCCCGAAGCCCGGACGACUGGGAGGUCCUGCCACCGUUGGAGGAUAUCCUAGACGCAGUGAACAACUUUACGAGACAUUACUUCCAGUUGGGAUUCAUCCCCAAGCAGAGGUUUAUCGAGAAAUUGACGGUUAACCCCCGGUCAGUCAGCUUGUUUCUGCUUCUGGGAAUACUAAGUGUCAGCGCUAGGUUGACGCCGGCGUUGGUCGAGCGGUACGGCGGUGCUAUGAACGCGGCCGAGAUCUUCAUGGAGCAUGCUUCGGCUGUGGCAAUGAUGGAGCUAUACAGGGAGCCAAGUCUGGAGAGGUGCCAGGCGUUCUAUCUGUUGAGUAUCGCGCAGCAAGGGAGUGGUCUGACUCACAAGAGCUCGAUCAACAUGGCCGUCGCUAUGAGGAUGGCAACACUGCUCAAGCUGCACAGGGAGGAGACGUACGUCUUGGUAAACCCAACAAAGGAGCUGGUAAUCCAAGCCGAAUCAGCAAGGAGAACUUUGGACAAUUUGCACUCAAGCGCACAGUCGCCUGUGCUGCUGGCAGCCAGCGACAUCACGGCAUUGCUUCCCUGUGACGAACAAGACUUUGCGGCGGCUCGGGAACCCAAAUCGAGAGCAGCUCUCGAGGACACCCAACCUGCAUUGGAGAAACCCGAGCUGAUUGCUGACCCAGGGAGGUCACUGUUUGCGACGUUGAUCCAGGCGCAUUACUACUGGGGCAGGAUCUCUAGACGGGCCAUCAGUCACGAUAAGAGUGCGAGACCGUGGGAGCCAACCAGUCAGUAUGCUGUCCUGGAAAAGAAACUGGCCGGGUGGGAGGCAUUGCUGCCGAAUGACCAUAGGUGGAGCAGCCUGUUGCUGAAGGGCUACAAGCAGGAAGUGACCAUGACGCCGCGGCUCUGCAACAUUGUGCUCCGUAAGGCGUACAUACACAACAUGAUCAACCAUGGCACUUCAGACGCGACCUUGGCGCGCUUUUGGAAUGAUAUGGCGCAAGAGCUGUUCAGAAAUGUCAAGGAGUUGUAUGAGCAAAUCCAGAUCCAGUACGGAGACAGAGCUCCAGACGAGGGUCCCGGAGCCCAGAUGGCUGCUUUCUGUGUAUAUACAUGUGGCUUCCUGGCAUGCUAUCUGUGCAAAUAUCCCAAGUUGUGUGCCGACUCUAUUCUCGUGCGUGAUGCUCCGCAGAUUGUCCAGCGCAUCCUCGGUAUCCUGAACGAGAGCAAGAACAUCUGGCCGCUCGCGUCUAGGUGGUUCGACCACCUGGAAAAGUUUUCAAGAACGAAAACAGGAAUGGCAGCAGAAACGCAGGGCAGCAUGGCUGAUAGCAGAGAUCCAAUCCCUCACGUCCUGCAGCCGGCGCUCAAGGAUGUGUUCACACCGAUCCAGCCGCGUCUCCUGCCAGCGUCAACUCCUUCGACCGAAGGCGCCAAGAAUCACAACGGUGUGGUGUCCCCAACAUCCACACAAGGCAGCGGUCCAAGCUCUGCCAUCUUGCCGCUACCCCAGGGUCCGCCUCCCUCGGCCAAUUCUCAUCAGUUGUAUAUUGAUCCCAACUUGAGACUGCCACUGCCUAAUGCGCCGCCGCCUCCGCACGCACCUCAGCAGCAACAUCAGGUCCAGUCGCCUCAGCAACAGCAUGCUCAGCAUUCACCGACAGGAGGCGGUAGGCAGUCUACUGAUGGGCUUGGGCUUUUGUUGGAGGCGUUCGAUACUCAUCGGUCGGCUCCAGGACCUCCCGGGCCCGGUCAACAUCCUCACAGCGCUGAGGGACAGGGCCCACCACCGGGCGCCCCGUAUGAUCCUCAGGCGGCACCGCAGCCGUAUUACACGCAGCAUCAAGGAUUGCCGAUGAAUGACGGGUAUGAGAACGAGUUGGGGUAUUACAUGAGCGAUGGGGUGCCUCAAACUAUGCAGAACUGGGGUGGGACGCCGCACAUGUACACGGGGUACUAG